UUUGAAAAUACAGGAUCUAUAGAUUUAAGUGAGCGCAAUGUUAGCAGCGGAAGCCAGUCACUGGUCAACUGUUAUAAAUAUUAUAUUGCAAUUAUAUUUUUCGGACUUAACAACAACCUGUGUAUUGUGGAACAAAGAUUUUGACCUGCAUGGUACAUCUUUUGUAAAUUUUAAUGUUGUGCUUAUUAUCAAUCCAUGGAACUUGAAUGACACCUUUUCGAAGGACAUCUACAAUUUUGAGAAACAAGAUAAUCAAUUGAGUAACGAUGGAAUUUAUUUUGAUGAUUGGAUAAAGAAAUUUGUGGCAGCUAUAUCACACACACAUUGCGAGGGUUUUGUGGUUUUUCAAGAUGAUAUUCCUAGAUUUGCCCAUACCUAUCGCAAGGCCAGUGUUUAUUCCCUGUGGAGGUCGUUUGAACCGAAAUUUUUAUUUGCUUAUACAAAGGAGAAACUAACGGAAGAUUAUUUUCAGGAUUUAUUGUUUAAGAAUAUCGCAAAUAUAUUAGUUAUCGAGACGGAUUUUAAAAAUGCCACCCAGUUUUAUAUUAAAACCAAUAAAUUUGUUGGCUCAUUGUUCGAAAAUCCAAAUGAAUUGAUUGAUGUCAGUGUGUUCAAUGCUAUAGAGGGAACUUUUGAACCUACUGUGGAUUUAUAUCCCCGAAACAAAUUACAAAAUUUACAAGGAAGAGAAAUUAUUGUUGGCGCAUUUGAUUAUCGUCCAUUUGUGGUGGUUGAUUUUAAUCGUUUACCCUUGUACUAUGAUCAUGCGGAGGACAAUCCACGACAUUUGGUCCACAUUGAUGGCACAGAAAUGCGCAUCGUUCAUACAUUUUGUGAACUCUACAAUUGCAGUGUUCAGGUGGAUACAACCGAGAAAGAAGAAUGGGGAACUCCAUAUCCGAAUUAUACUUCUGAUGGAAUGAUUGGUACGAUUAUCGACGGGAAGACUCACAUGGGCAUGGGAGCAAUGUAUGCAUGGUACAUGGCAUAUAAAUCCAUCGAUCAAACAACUUUUCUCGGCAGAUCAGGUGUAACAUGUCUUGUUCCGGCGCCAUCUCGCAAAACCCGCUGGACACUGCCUAUUAGACCAUUUCCGUAUAGUCUCUGGUUGGCUGUAAUAUUCUGCUUGUGUUGGGAAACGGUGGCUUUAUGUUUGACAAGAUUCUUCGAAGAUCGGGUGGUGGUGCGACAAAAUAAUGCCUCCAUAUGGUCAAGUAUACAGUUUGCAUAUGUCACCACAUUGAAAUUGUUUAUAUCGCAGAGUUCACGUUAUGUUGUAAGGUCGCAUACGGUAAGGACAAUUCUGUUUGCUUGCUACAUGAUUGAUAUCAUUGUGUCGAGCAUUUAUGCAGGAGGAUUAUCGGCCAUCUUGACAAUACCCGACCUUACAGAAGCGCCCGAUUCUGUUGCGCGUCUAUACAGCCAUAAUCUGACCUGGACAUCUACAUCGUAUGCCUGGAUAACCUCAAUAGUAGAUGAAGGCGAUGGACCAAAGGAUCCAAUCUUUCACCGCAUUUUGGCCAACUAUCGCAUCAACAGUAUGGAUGAAAUGCGCUCAAAGGCUAAAACCGAAAAUAUGGGUUUCGCCCUGGAACGCAUGGCAUUUGGUCAUUUUGGAAAUGGUGAUUUCUUUACACCUGAAGCCCUGCAGCAUCUUAAGCUUAUGGUUGAAGAUAUCUAUUAUUCGUUUACUGUGGCCAUGGUACCACGCAUGUGGCCUCACUUGCCAAAAUACAAUGAUCUAAUAUUGGCCUGGCAUUCGUCGGGCCUCUCAAAAUAUUGGGAAUGGAAAAUUGUCGCCGAAUAUAUGAAUGCCAAUGAACAGAAUCGAGUUCAGGCCUCUAUGUAUAAUCACAUUGAUGUGGGGCCAGUUCAGUUAGAUGUAGAUAAUUUUGCUGGUUUCAUAGGUCUAUGGAUUGCGGGCAUAUUUAUGAGUAUAUUGGUUUUUAUAGGAGAGUGGAUUUGUUAUUGGUGGAAUAGAAACCAAAUUUAGGAAGAAGUCUUUGUGUCAGCAAUAUAUGGUGUAUUGUUAUUUUAAAUAACAAUAGAAUUAAGAAGUGUUAGCAAAAUGAGAUUUUAUGUGGGCAGAAAAGACGUAUACCUAAAUACGAGUACAGCGCAAAUGUUAGAAGUAUUAUUUACAAUUACACAGUGGUCCAACAUGUUUGAGAAGGUGCAACAAAAAUCUGUCUAUACAAUUAAUCGAUCUGUUUUUUUAGAUUAGCUUUAUAAUGAGUAAAAAAUAAUGCAAUUAGAAAAUUGUGGAAAUUGGUCAAAGUUUAGACAUAGUCCCCACAUAUUGCGGUACCCUCCGAUUUAAAGAAAUUUGAAGAUUUAGUACAUAUUUUACUGAAAUUUACUGAAGUUUGGUAUCUGUUAUUAAUGUUAAUGUUAUUAAUGAAUAUCCGAUGUCCUAGCAAAGUGAUGUUAAUAUGGGUCCACAAUUUGAUAUAGCCCCCAUAGAAACCUACCCCCGUUUUUACUUCUUUGUACGGUUUCAACCACAUAUUUUCAAUCGAUUUUGUCGAAAUUUUACAUUUAUGUUUGGGAUCGGGAAACAAAUUGAUUGAUGAAUUGAUAACAAAAAUUGUCAACACUGAACAUGUUUUUCAUAUAGCUCCCAUAGAACCCCACCUCCGAUGUGAGGGAACUUCAAGAUUUUGGCAAAUAGUUUCCACAGAUUUUGAUGUAAUUUAGCAUUUUGGUUCCUGAAUACUAUAUAUACAUUCUUUCAAAAAAUUAUGUAGAAAUGUUACCCUUUGGUAUAUCCACCCUAAGAAAGUACUUCCACAUUUGCAGUAUUUUAAAGUUUAAAGUGACGUUUUGAAACACGAGUAUGAUUCACAUAUGCAGAUAUAUGCACCAUUUUCAGCAUUAUGAGAGUCUCAAGGAAUGCCCUAUCUGGUAGAACUUAAUGUAUUAUUUUAACAGUGUUUUGUAAAAAAUGCUAAAAGAGGGGAAACUCUAAGAGUGUUCUUCCACUGCAGUUAGAAGUGAAAAUAUGAAUAUGGUUUUGAGUAAAGACUAUCGAUAGGACCAUUAACACUAACAUUCGGUGUAAUUUAAUAUUGGAACUGACAAUACUGCAAUGAGUACUUUAAGUUUCUCCAAAAUCCUGAUAAAAUAAUUCCACAUUCUCUGCUUUCGGUUGCCAAAUGCGGUCUUAAAGUUAAGAAAUAUUUUUGGAAUAUUAAAAAUUAAUAUGCUAAGAGAAUAUUUGCAGCGCUAAAGUAAACAUUUGUUGUAUUCAGGUUUUUGAUGGUUGUCAUGAUUUGGGACCACUGUUCAUUAUCUUGAACACAAACGCACU